AUGUCGAGCAAAAGGAGUUGUACCACUGAAAGUUUUAAUCCCGAAAGCAUGACCUUUUCAGAGGCAAUUAGAUUCAAUGCGGAUUAUGGAGUUUUUGAAGUAGUUAACAACGCUCCACAGCUUCUGGAAAAACAACUGAAAAAAAUUCUACAAAACCAACAGCCUCGCAAUCCAAUCUAUGAUGUCACAAGGAAGGGAAAGAAUGAUGUUAAACCUUGUCAAACACAUGCCCCCUUGGAAGAUGAGACCAUUAAUGUCAACUACAAUAUUAUGUGUCUUAGUCGUGAACAAGGUAUUAAGUGGAUAAAAAAAGAAAGACUCCCAGCUUUUCUGGAAAGCGACUGUUACUUUGAAUACAGGUUAGCCAAGUUGGUCUCACAAGUAAGCUGGAGUGGAUCAGGCACGAAUGUCACAUUAGAUACAGCUUUUUCUCCCUGGGUCCAGCCAAAACCACUCAGUUUGCCACCUCCUCCAGUUGAAGAAGAAAAUCUAAUAAUUAUGAAAAAGUUCUACAUUUCUCUUGGCGAGGCCUCCUAUACUCAAACAAAAGAUUGGUUUACAUUAGCAAAACAGAGUCAGCAAACAGUAACAACCUUUUCAUUACCCUGUUGUGUGCCCCACAGCCAAACUGGAUCACCACUUAUUUCAUCUGUUUCUGAGAGUUUUAUCUUUGAUGAUGGAAUUCACUCCAGGACAAAAAAGGACCCAUCUAAAACCACUAAAUUAGUUUCUGAAUUUGAAGAAGAAGAAGGGUCUGUAGCUCUACCCGACACCCCUUCUCAAGCUCUUCUGAGAGUGUACCUUGAAAAGCAAGAGGAUGUUGAUGAAAGCCUGACAGUGUAUUUCCCAACCUACGAAGAAUUUUUAAGAGCUUACAUAACCUUUAUUUUGAGAGCAGCCAUUCAGAGACUUAUUGGAGAGCCACUUAGAGAUAGCUCAGAUUUCACAAACUUUGCCAAAGUAGGACAAGUAGUGUUUGACAACAAUGUUUAUGAACCUGUCCUUAGCAAGAAUGUUUUUAUGGAUGAAACAGGUCACACCACAGAAGAAAAGUCAGAAAAAAAUGUAGAACUAACAAGUUUAAGUUCAAAGAGUGAAAGCAUUGGGCCAGAGAGCAGGGCUGACUGGUGUGUUUCCCACAGAACUUAUGACAUUGGCAGUAGAAAAGAGUUUGAAAGGUUUAAGAAAUUUAUAAAAGGUACAUUAGGAGAGAAAUAUUGGUGGCUAUGGAUGGAUAUUGAGAGGCUAAAAGUUCUUAAAGAUUCUGAAAGACAUCAAAGACAUCUUGAGAAGAUGAAGAAAUGCUAUCUAGUGAGCAAUGGAGAUUAUUACCUUUCUUCAGAAAUCUUAUCAAAACUUAAACUGUUCAGUGGAUCUCAGUGGAAUGAAGAACAUUUAAUAAGUAUUCAGUCUGAGGUUGUAAAACCCUUACUUCUAUAUUGGGCACCAAGAUUCUGUGUUACUCAUACAGACACAACAAAAUAUGCUAGUGCAGAACUGAAAUUCUGGCACCUCCGUCAAGAGAAACCGAGGAAGGAUAUUGACCCUUUUCCACAAAUGGCCACUCUCUUGCCAUUGAGACCUAGGUCUUGCAUUCCACAGAUAACUGAGAUCCAGGAAGAAGAAUCCAGUUCAUUACAGCCUCCUAAAUCUCCCAAGAAAUCACCUAGAGCGAAAGCAGCAAUCCAAAAGCCUCCGAAGAAUGAGCCUUCAUGUCCAGGUUCCUCUAAGGAUGAUGUAACUGAGAAAAGGCCAAGGCGCUUAUCAAGCAGCAAAAUCAUUCAUUUAACUUAUUUUACUGACAUUUCUGAAUGUCUGAAGCCGCAGCUGGAAAGAAAAUAUACUUAUACAGAAGAACCUAAGGUUAAAAUCUCUUCAGACGUGGGUGCCUUGGGAGGAUUUGACAUGGAAAAUUUGUUGCAGUCUUUGUAUAUAGAAAAUAGAGCUGGAUUCUUCUUUACUAAAUUCUGUGAGCAUUCAGGAAACAAGUUGUGGAGGAACUGCGUGUACUUUUGGUUUGACCUACAGGCUUAUCAUCAGCUUUUCUACCAAGAAACACUUCAGCCUUUUAAAGUAUGCAAGCAAGCCCAAUAUCUUUUUGCCACCUACAUUGCUCCUUCGGCCACUCUUGACAUUGGACUCCAACCAGAAAUCAAAAAAGAAAUUUAUAUGAAAAUACAACCACCAUUUGAAGACCUUUAUGACACAGCUGAAGAAUAUAUCCUUCUCCUCCUUCUUGACCCCUGGACACAGAUGGUAAAAACAGACCAAAUUGAGUACAAAAAGGUGGAGCUGGUGGAAGAAACUCGGCAGCUGGACUCCACAUACUUCAGAAAGCUUCAGGCUUUGCAUAAAGAGACAUUUUCCAAGAAAGCUGGGGACACCACUUCUGAAAUUGGAACUGGUAUUUUACCACUCCCUGAUAUCUCUAAAAAAACACAAUAUUGGGAAAAUGUUCCUGCAGAAUAUAGACAUUUUAAUUUUAAUGAUCUGCUUAGUAACAAGCUGGAAUUUGAACAUUUCCGUCAGUUUCUGGAGGCUCAUUCUUCAAGCCUGGACCUUAUGUGUUGGACAGACAUUGAACAGUUCCGAAGAAUACUUUUUAGAGAUCGAAAUCAAAGAGAGGCAAAAUCUGUAUACAUAAAAAACAAGUAUCUAAAUAAAAAAUAUUUCUUUGGACCCAACAGUCCAGCUUCUUUAUAUCAGCAGAACCAGAUAAUGCAACUAAGUGGUGGCUGGGGAAAGAUUCUCCAUGAGCAGCUCGAUGCACCUGUUCUAGUUGAAAUUCAAAAGCACGUCCUAAAUAGGCUAGAAAAUGUGUGGUUGCCAAUGUUCCUCGCAAGUGAACAGUUUGCAGCACGUCAAAAGAUAAAGGUACAGAUGAAAGACAUAGCUGAAGAGCUCUUACUAUGCAAACAUGAAAGGAGAAUUGGGGUCUGGAAGCCUGUUGAGAGUAAGUGGAUAUCUUCAUCUUGUGAAAUCAUUGCUUUCCGUAAAGCAUUAUUGAACCCAGUUACUGCAAGGCAGUUUCAACGUUUUGUGGCUCUAAAAGGAGACUUAUUGGAAAAUGGGGUACUCUUUUGGCAAGAAGUACAGAAAUAUAAGGACUUGUGCCAUUCUCAUUGUGAUGAGCCCAUCAUCCAGAAGAAAAUCACAACUAUUAUUAAUUGCUUUAUUAAUUCCAGUAUCCCGCCAUCUUUACAAAUUGACAUUCCAGUUGAGCAAGCCCAGAAGAUCAUUGAACAUAGGAAGGAGUUAGGGCCAUAUAUCUUUAGAGAGGCACAGAUGACAAUUUUUGGGGUCCUGUUUAAAUUUUGGCCUCAGUUUUGUGAGUUUCGGAAGAACUUAACUGAUGAAAAACUUAUGAGUGUUUUAGAGAGAAGACAAGAAUAUAAGAAAAAGAAAUUUUCAGUCAUGGAAGACGAAAAAUUAGUAAAGGAUGGAGCCAAACAACAUGGAGGUAUUUCAGGGUCUAUUUGUAAAACGGCUCCUUUGACCAGUAACUCACUUUUAGACAUGCAAGCAUACGGCCGCCAGCCCACCUGGUGCUACUCAAAGUACAUAGAAGCCUUAGCACAUGAGAGAAUUCUUCUUAAAAUUCAAGAAGAGCUGGAAAGAAGGUUGUUUACAGGUUUCCACCCACCCUCUCUGCGCCUGCGCACUACGGGCACGCCGUCCAUUUCUCCAUCAGUUGAGAAGGACGUUAGUGGUGAGGUGAGUCCUGCCAGCGUUUGUGUUUUCCCCCGUUCUGGCUCCAACAACUGCCUCCUCUCCACCGACAGCCCUGUGCCUGUGUUGGGCGUGAGUAGUUCCGCAUUUCUGCGUUGGGGACCUAGUCUGCGCCUAUAA